AUGAAUGUUUUGAUCUCCAGAGCUUCGUUCAUGGUUGUUGACACUCGAGUUCUAUUUCUCUCCUCUAUGGCCAUCCAGAUGUUUGACGAGAUCGGCGGUCCUGGAGCCUCAUCCUCUCCAGAUUGGGAGGACACUCUCCGGAUCUGGAGGUGCCUUGUUGCCAGAGAAGAUGGUCUGACACCUCCCGUUGUGACCUUGAGAAAUGUCCAUCAUGAUGUGCUCAACUCUGGAGCAAGUUGCUAUGAACUUGCGGCAGAUGGAUGUGAAGGGACAAAGAGGAAGGAAGGGGGAAAGACCCGUGAAAACUUGCACAUGAUUUUCUCUUUGUCGAAUUCUUAUCCUAUCCUGAUAUAUUUGAUCUUUCUAGUGUUAGCUAUGGCGGUGGUCGUUUCUGCUAUAGACAGUAAUUGGUACGAUGCGCGUGCAACUUUUUACGGUGACAUGAGUGGUCAAGAAACCAUGCAGGGAGCUUGUGGAUAUGGAGAUCUCAAAAAACAAGGGUAUGGACUAGCGACGGCAGCGCUAAGCACAGCCCUUUUCAAUGACGGACUUAGUUGCGGUGCUUGUUUUGAGAUCUAUUGUACCAACGACCCGGAGUGGUGCAUCCCGAAUGCCGGUUCGAUCAUAGUCACUGCAACAAACUUUUGCCCUCCAAAUUACUCUAAGACAGAGGACAUCUGGUGCAACCCUCCGCAAAAGCAUUUCGACCUGUCUAUGCCCAUGUUCACAAAAAUAGCGUAUUAUAAGGCCGGUGUCAUUCCCGUCCGCUAUCGCCGCGUCUUGUGUUCCAAGCAAGGAGGAGUCAAGUUUGAGAUUAAGGGAAAUCAGUACUGGACCCUUGUGCUAAUCUAUAACGUCGGUGGCGCCGGCGAUGUGAAUGCCUUGAAGAUCAAGGGCUCAAACACCCAAUGGAUUACUAUGACUCGUAACUGGGGGCAAAACUGGCAGACUAGAAUUGUUUUGACGGGGCAAAGUUUGUCAUUCCAAGUCACUGUGAGUGAUGGGACGACGGUAGAAUUUGAUAAUGUAGCGCCUGCUGGAUGGCAAUUUGGGCAGACAUAUGACGGAAGCAAGAACUUCUAG